CGUGGAACUGCUUCGAGGGUCCUCCGCUAAGGUGUCGCGCCGAUACCACAAUAAAUUUGAGGCCACGAAAAUUCGGCCCAUUGGCAAUCUGCCUACUCAUCGCUGCUGGAUAAAUAAAAUACUAUAUUUGGGUAUAAAGAUUCAAAAUAACAAUGUCUGACAAUCUUCUGACUAAGGAAAAAGAAUUCUACAGAUUAAACAAAGAACUUGAUCAAAAGAGUACAGAGCUUAUGCAUAAAGUAGAUUCUGUCAUAAAUGUACAUUCUAAUAGUGCUUUGACAAAUUUUGUAUCUAAACUUUCCUAUUUCUCUCCAUGUACACUUUCAGAAAGUUCUUACAAAGUGACAGAAGUUUUUUCAACAGAAAAUAAUGCCAAACAAUUUACUAAUGUUCCAUAUAAAAAAAUAUCUAUGUCACAUAUAUUAAAUCAGAUUACUCCUGCAGAUCAAACGGUGGAAAUGAAAGAUUUUUCUAUUAAUAACAUUACUUUGGCUAAUGGAAAUAAUACGACUAAUGCACCUAUUGUAGAGUUCCUUAAAGCAACAAUUGGAAUGUUAUAUAAUGAAUUGCAAGCUACUCAGAUUGAAUACAAGAAACAGAGUAACUAUUGUCAAAAAUUGGAGGCUGAAAAUAAAAAACUGGAAAAUGAAAAAUCAGUAUUACAUGGACAAUUGAAUACUUUCAAAAAUAAUAUAAAAAAAUUGGAGAAUAUAAACAAAGGUCUUAAUUCCAAGAUUGAAAUGAAAUACAACGAAACAUUGAAUUUGAAAAGACAAAUUAGUGGUUUGAAAAAGGAAAUAAAGACAUUAAAUCUACAGAGCAACAGUUAUGAUAUUCGAUUAAAUCGAUUGCUGGAAAAUAACGAGAAACUUCAAAAUGCUUUAAAAUUUAAUCGAUUGGAGGAAAAGGAUUUAAGAGAUCAAGUUAGACAGUUACAAGAAGACAAAAGGAUUGUGGUGAAGUCUUUAGAGAAGCAACGUUCUGAAUUGGUGCAAGCCUUUAAUAAACAAACAUUACUAGUUGACAAUUUAAAGAAACAAAAGGUAUACCUUACAGCAAACAAACUCACACAAUUUGCAGAAGAUAAUUUUUCACAACUGUUGAAUUGGAAAUCUGAAACUUAACUGUUUAAACGAUUUUUUUAAAGAAUAAGCAUAAAACGUAAUUUUUCUAUGAUGAAAUUAAUUUCAUGAUUCAAUAAUUGUGCUGCUACAAAUCUACAUUCUGUCUUUGUAUUAAUGUAAUUAGUCAUUAUAUGCACGGUAUAAGUAUAAAAAGGUAUAUUCCUUUCAUGGACGAGUUUAGGACUUGUAUAUGUGUUCGAGUUUUACGCCCUUUUCUAGUUCGUUCACGCCCAGUGAAGUAAACUGGAUAAUCUAUUGUCAGUGUUGUACAGCAUAUGUGCCUAGAUAUUAAUUUAAAUUUACCCUAAACAAGUAUUUUUAUCUCAUUGACAAAGUUUACACCGUAAACCCUUCAAUCUACCAACCUAAACCAAAUAUUUAAUUCAAAAUUUGGGGGCCUACAGCAUAUAAUUUUUGAAGAAAUACUCGUUUAGAGUAGAUUUAGGGAGAUGCGAGUAACCAUUUAUUUAUUAGAAAAUUAAAAUAUCCGGUUUCGAAAGAUUUAGUGAUUUGCCGAAUACAUUUUGUUAAUUAAGGACUUUUAAUAUUCAAUUAUAAUUGAUUAGGAGCGGUCAAUUAUGUAUUUGUGUAAAAACUCUAAAGCCACGAGCAUUCUUAUUUUGCAGCAGCAAUAGUGAUAAACUCGGUAAUUUUUAUAUUGACUGCGUAAUAGUUUUCUAUAUGAUCAUACGUAAGAACAUCAUUCUUAUAUUUAUACCAUAAUAAUAUGUAUCAAUUUUGAUAUUCAUGAAAAAUAAAAAGAACUCAGUAUAAA